UGGUCAAUGAGGCAAUGCCCGCCUCUCGCUCAUGCAUGCAGCGCAGCAAAGAAGCAAGUGCAGACCAGGGGAUGCUCCUCUCGGCGCCUGGCAACAGGGAAAUGAUGCAUCCCACACCACUGCUGAUCGAUCUGGGUCAGGUUUUGCGAUGGCCGUUGCUGCGAUGAAAUGAGGGGCCGGCCAGCCAAGCAUGCGUGCUGCAUCUUCCCGUGCUUUUCUCAACGGUGCCUUGGGCAUCUCCCAGCAUCCGCUCGGCCCCUUUCCCCGACUGGCUGCCGGUUGCGACAAGAAGCAAGGAACAAGGUGAGGUGACAUGGGAUAAGGAGGCCUGGAUCUGCGGUAGAACUUGGAAGGCCGCAUUAGCCCCUUUUUGCUUGACAUUAAGCGCUCGUUUAAUCACAAUCUUACUGACGUAGGUUGCUGUCUCAUGAGACUGCGUGCUAGUAUGGCGGCACGUUGGCGCGCCCGGCACUCGCAUGUCUCCCUGCCCUCCUAGUCUCUGUUUUACAAUGGAGAGAGAAGAGGCAAUCAUAUCCCACAAGCCCGUGGGCAAUUUCUGAUCAAGGCACGACUCCUUGCUAAGGGCGGAUAUUGCUAGACUGCUCUCAUCUACUCUUUGUUGCUCCGCGCCCUCCUUCUCUCUACCCCUUCUAACCUUGUCGUCUCUCACCUCCACACUGCGGGCAAGAAACGCAAAGCACAACAUGAAGCUCUUCACAUCUCCUAGCAGGGCGCUUGUCCUAACGGCCUCUCUACUGGGGACAGUAGCCGCGCAGACCACGGCGGGAUCGCACCAGGGCGGGGAUGGCUACAUCGGCUACAACCUGGAGCAGAACGGGGACCCGGAGGCGGCGACGUACCGGACGGAAAACACCGACACGGCGGGCGUCGAGCUGCCGACGGAGCCCGACGUGUACCUCAACGCGUCCGUGUCGGUGCGGGAGAUCUCGAUCGAGGUCGAGAACAUCACGGCAAAGGUCAACCUGGACGCGCAGGUGCUCAAGCUGCUGCACUUCAACGCUGGCGUCGACGCCUCCAUCGACCGCGUGCGGCUCUCGAUCCAGAACGUCACGGCAAAGGUCGAGCUCGAGGCGCGCCUCGGGAACCUGCUGCAGAUGGUCAGCGACGUGCUCGACUCGAUAGACCUUAACCCCAUCGUGGCCACGCUCGGCCGCACCAUCGGCGGUGUCAUCAACGGCACCACCGGCAUCAUCGACGGCGGCAAUGGCAACGGCAAUGGCAACGGCGGCGGGAGAGGCGACAGCAGCGGCAGCACGGUGCAGAAGCGCAGCCUCGAGUACAACCUGGCGUACAACAUCCUCUUCAGCGUCAACGACUACAGCGGGCGGAACCACCGCAACCGUAUCCUGGCACAGAACGGCAGCAUCUACGACGUCUACCUCGACAACAACGGACGCGAGAGGAGCCGCCAGCUCGCCGGCGACUACCGCCGCGACAUGACCUUCACGGGCCACAACAAGACCAUCGAGCACGACGGUGUCCCCGUCGAGCGAGAGCUGCAGUACCUCUACAGCCCGUACACGGGGCUCGAGAUCGUCGCCCUCGUCUACAUGGACAUCGUGUCCGCGCGCGUCGUGCGCACAAACGUCGUGGCCGGCGCCGAGGCGGGCGGGAGCAGCUAUAUCAAUGGUCAGCACGGUGGGAGCUGACGAGGGGGUAAUGUUGAUACCGGAUCCGUGGAUGGUUCAUUCUGUAGAGGACUUGGCUUUGUAUUUUCUCCAAUGUUCACAAGUUCGUCAUCAAUUCACGUC